AAGGAUCUCAUGCCAGGCUGCCUGUCUCUUUAAGUAUUAAAAUGUGUUAGUUAGAAGCAAGGGGGGUGGCUGUAAAAUAAGCUGGAGCAAGCGAGAGAGAAAUUGGAAAGCACAAGAAGGACUCGAGCUGCUCGAGUGGGUCUGAUAGGCUCUCCCCAGUGGAGAGGAACUGGGUUGCGUAGGCAAGAAGCUGCGCUCAACUUCAGCACCUGCCGAAAGCACUGAUCCAAAGGACAGCAAGUUCUCACUAAGUGGAGCAGAAAGCCGCUCUCAACCUCCUGUUAGCACCCAAGAUGGACUGCUGUAAUGAAGGGGCUUGCACUAAACUCGACGAAGACAUCUUGGACAUUCCGCUGGACGACCCUGAUGCCAACGCGGCGGCUGCCAAGAUCCAGGCCAGUUUCCGUGGGCAUAUGACCAGGAAGAAGAUCAAAGGAGGAGAAAUAGACCGCAAAGGCAAGGACGCCGAGUGCACGAGCAGCACCCGUGCAGGGGACCUACGCAACGGAGACUAAGUAUGGCCAGCAACACAGAAGAAAUGGAUGGAAGAGCAGCAUCCAAAUAGAUUUCCAGUCAGUCCUUUGAACAGCACCCUUCUCCUUCUAGAAGAACUGUCCCCAGCCCGUGAUGCCCCAAGGAGUCUGAUCACAGACAAGACACAAUGCUCUCCCAUUUCUUUCUUGGAUUGCCCUUCUUUUCAGAACUGUGUCAUCAUCUUUCCCUUCUGUUCGAGAUACUGUUGUUGGCACUCUUUGCUUUUUCUCGUAGUAUAGAUCAUGCAUUCCUUCCUGGCAUUCAUUCUGUGCCCCUCCCUCCGCACAUGUUCGUUUUUCUCCAUCCCCAUAGUUUAAGAACACUAAAUAUGCAACACACACACAUACAUCCACAGUAUGUGAUACAUAGUGAUGGAAAAUACACAUCUUAUCAGGUGCAUAACCUGUUACAUCUUUUGUGUUCUUUCUGAUCAACUUUAAUAUAUUAUGCUAUAUUAUAAUGCUGGAUUUGCAACUUUUAGGGUAUGGAAGAUUUACAUUGAGGGUAUUACAUAUUCCCAGGUUCACAAAUGGGAGAAUUCUGGAAGAUAAAGUCCAAAAUAGUAAUGAUUCCAACCCAUAAUUUAAAAUUAUGUUUUGCCCCAUUAUAACCUUUGGCUAACUUGGUUGAAAGACAGACAUAACCCUGCAAAUGGUAGCCAAUGCGUGUUCUUUACUAGCUCUUUGAAUAAAGGAAGUUUGGAAUUAUUAAAAUUAAACUGUAUUGUUUAAGACUUUCAUGGAUGGAAUCACUGGGUUGAUUAAGUUUUCCAGGCUG